CUGAAAAUUUUUAUUUUCACUGUUUUCCUCUGCUUUUCUGCAAACCAAACAUAAAAUAAAAUAUUUAAAAAAAUGCAAUCAAAAGACAUUUUUCCGAAAAAAUCACACGGUAACUCGAAUUAUAAAUAUUUAAAAAAUUUUCUACGAUUUUGGAAAAUUGGAAAAAUCUCAGUUUUUGCCAUUUUUUUGGAAUUCGUUUUGAGGUCUACUUUAGGGCUCCCAUGAAGGCGCGAAAACGCCUGCCGGGACCACCUUUCGGCGACCUUCGCCUGCCUCGCGCCGGGCACCGUGCUUUGUGUAACGAGCGGCGCGGAACCCGAAAAGUGUCGGCCGCGUUGAAAAAACCGACAUUCGCACUAUGUGAUGUAAACACCAAGGAUUUGACUUCUCGCCAUAGUGUAGAAAUAAGGCGAGAGGUCGGCACGUUUGAGGCAGGCCCCGAAAAAAACGGCCUCCUUUGGAAGCAUAUAUUUUCCAAUAUUAAUAUAGUAGUGAUUCGAACAUGCGUCAGUUUUACAAUUUACUUUAAAAAUGGCGAAAACUCAUAAAUUGACAAUUUUUGACUAAUAAAACAUUUUAAAACAUUUUUUGAAAAGUUUCACUUUCAAAGUUUCACUGAUAUUAGACCAUUUUGAUUUUACACUGGAGUUACUACACCGUUAAGAUCGAAAUUUCAAGUAAAACACAGAUCAAUUAACUAAUUAAAAAAAUAAAACGAAGUAAGAAUUGCCAAGAGCUGACUAGAAUUUCAGUCUAAUUCUGCAAAACAAAUUUCAGAUUAGCGCUCUCUAUUUGUUCAUUAGCUUCUGGGCUUCACGUGACCCAUAUCCAAAAGCAGCCGUGGAACUAAAAUAACAAAGAGUACAAGCUACCUGAGCUAACAAUAACUUCCCAAUUGUUCCAGUACUUUUUUCAUGUGUUUCAGGGCAAACAAUUAUCCAUUUGCCAUUCAAACAUCUCUCUCAUUUUUGUUCGGAUCGAUCCUAAAAAUUCCAUGUCUCUUUGUUACUAUGUGUCUGGAACACACAGACGAAUAGUGCAGAUCGAUAUAAAAAAAGGCGAAUGGUGUGAGAACAGAAAGCUGUACAUACAGUAAAUGUCGUGGUAUAUAAGGAGAAGUGGUCGGGCUAAAAAGUAUCGAACACUUUUAUAAAUCAUUCGCUUUUGCAGCAAUGUAUUUCCUCAUCAGCCUCUUCUUCGUCCCAUUCAGCAGCGCCGUUAUCGGUGGUGACUUGAAUUGUACCAGCUACAAUGGAACAUCGUUCGUCUACACCCCGGCUGCGGUUGCCUGCUCGAACGCUAUCUCGGAUGCUUCUUGCCAGGUUCUUUAUGCUGCCCCGGACACCCUAUACCCAGCUGCUGGAAAUGAUGCUGAGAGAGCUUAUGCUUGCUACACAACCGCCACAGCUACCCCAGCUGCUGUUGUGGCUGACAUGAAGACUGCUGCAAUUGCAUCUUGUGCAAAAACUUGCGGAUUCUGCUGCCUAACUGACGACUACAAUUGUGCCAAUGCUGCUUACCCACGACUCAACUGCGCUACAAUCACCAAAGCUCAAUGUAACUCAGUCACCUGGAGAACCAUCAUCGCUACAGACUGCCCAUCUGCAUGCGGAUUCUGUAACUCUGGUGGAUGCGUCGAUGCCGUCACCAACUGCGGAAACGACUUGAGCAUCUGUAACACUGUUGGAAUGCAAACCUUCGUCAAUCAAUACUGCCAAAAGACUUGCGGAAGAUGCCCAUCAACCACCGCAUCAUCUGGAUCUGUCACCUCUGGCACCUGCACCUCCUACGCCGCCGACUCAUCAACCUCAUGUACCUCCUGGGCUAAGAACGGAUUCUGCACCAACACCUUCUACACCGUUGCUCAGCGCAAAGCCAGAUGUGCCACAAGUUGCAAGCUCUGCUAAAUCGAUUGAUCUACUACUUCUUUGACAACUACUUCUACAUUCCCCAACUUUAAUUUUAUUUUCAACAAACGACCUCAGGUGACAUGGAACUGACCAUUCCGUUGAUUAAUACAUACUUCUGAAUUUAUUUUGUUUUUCAAUAAAUCUCUAGUAUUGAA